AUGAGACCGGGCUGUCAUUGCGUAAUGAAAUGGAAGAAAGAGGCAAAAGAAGGAAUUGUUGUGGCAGGUGGUCAAGGAGAGGGGAAUAGUACAACACAGCUGUCUUCGCUUCGAGGAAUUGUCGUCGAUACGGAGAGUACUCUCUACCUGGCAGAAGCAGGGAAUCAUCGAGUCAACCGGUGGUACAAAGGAGUAAACGAAUGUGAUAUUAUCGUCAGACGCAAUGGAGAAGGAGCAGAAGCACAUCAGCUGAAUAAUCCCAUUGUUAUCACCGGUACACUACAUAUGAAAUUAAGAAUAUCGGACGUACUACUAGCUGAAAUAAUAUUGUUAAUAAGCGUAACAGAUACAAUAGCUGAACAUGCUCAACAUUUGAAAAAUGUAAUGACCUUUCUAGAACAACGAGCUAAAGACACCAAUACAAAUAAAUUUACGUUGACGAAAAAGAAUGAAAUUGAAGUUGCCGGUAGAUUAAAUGCGCAGAUGCAUGAACGUUUUCUUCGUGAUAUUCCAUUAUACGCUAUUAUAAAAGACAAUCAGAAAACCUUUUUUAUUCGUAAAUUAUGCGACGAUUUUUUCGAUCUAAUGAAGUUGUACAGUAUUACUGAUAUAUUCCAACAUGUUAAGAAGCAAUCAAUUGACUGGUGUGAGAGAUAUAAAAUUCUGUUCGGAAGUGAUGCUGUCACCAUAUAUAUUCAAGUUUUAGGUAAUCAUGCAUUCGAAUUCCACGAAGAAUACAACAACCUUGCAUUGUAUAGCUUGCAAGGUAAUGAAAAAUUUAAUGAUAUUACUACAAAGGAUUUUUUUAUGUCAACGAAUAAGAGAAAUUUUAACGUUCAAUUAUUACAAAAACGGGUACGUUUACGAUUGCUCGGCUUAGGAUUACAGCCACAAGGUGCGGUCGCACUAAAGAGAUUGUUUUUUAAUUGGAGUAUGAAAGACAGUAUUUCUGCCGAAGAAUCUAUCCUUAACAAAUUUGAUUUCCUUAAUGAUGAUAUUCAACGUAUUUAUGUAUGA